UAGGCUUGUAGAGAGAGGAGGCAGAUACAGCUAUUAACUCAACCCAAAAGCAUUGGAACUACCUCAGCAUCAGGACCACGGGCUGAAUCACUCUCGCUUCCUUCGUUGAACGGGGAGAAGAAACUAUUGUGACUGAUUUGACUGAAGAUGGACUCGUUCAUGAAGGGACUGUCUAAAGCCAAGGACGGGGUUGUGGCAGCAGCAGAAAAGACCAAGCAUGGAGUGGCUGAAGCAGCAGGCAAAACAAAAGAGGGAGUGCUCUUUCUGGGCACCAAAACCAAGGAUGGAGUUUCAUCAGUGGCAGAGAAGACCAAAGAGCAAGUGUCCCAGGUUGGUGGUGCAAUGGUCACAGGGGUGACAGCGGCUGCACAUAAGACUGUGGAAGGUGCAGGGAACAUUGCUGCUGCUACAGGACUUGUGAAGAAAGAUAGGAUGGCGAAGCAGGAUGAAGAUAUUCUCUCCCAGGAAGGGUUAAUGGAGAACACAGGAGACAUUCCAGUGGAUCCUGACAAUGAUGUUUAUGAGAUGCCACCACAGGGGGACUACCAUGGUUUCCAGUCAGACGCAUGACUGUCAAAGUCCUGUACCAUGUUGCGCCAAAAUUGUGAUUUCUUUUCAAGUUUGUAAAACAGUGAGUUUUGAAGUCUUCCAUCAACAGUAACUGGAGUGUAUGCACUUUUGACCUGCCACCAUUUAAGUGACUCCCUCCCACUGGAAUGAGUGUCUGGUCAGAGGGACAUUAUGUGUUCUGUGGGCAUCUGUGGCUUUAAAGGAUAACAAAAAAAAGUAUUAAUGACAAAAAACACCUAAGUGUCUACUGCUUUGUUAACAUAAAACUGAAUUAUAUAUUUUUGUCUGUGAAUUGUCACUGUGUAAACUGGUGUUAUGCAAUGCUGAUUUUCUAUGUUUUCUAUGUAUAAACUGAAAUGUGUAAAUUCACCUAUGUGCAUGAGGCUAUGCACAUAUUGAUAUUGACUGUGAAUGUUUGUUACGUCUGUGAUGCCUUUUUUUGACUUGUGUUUGUAAAUAAAG